AAAAAAAAAAAAAAAAAAGCACAUAUUCUCCCCCCUCCCUCCCCCAUCAUAUUUCAACGUGUUUAGGACGCUGGGCUGCUUGAUUGCCGUCAAUAGUAACGCAAUUUGCGCCUGGCCGGGCUGUAAAUUCCGCUGAAGUGGAUACUAAGAAGUACUUGGAAUGCUGCGGCCAAAAUGAAUGGAGUUGAACGAGAACAACCAACAUGGAUGACUGGCUGAAUCGCGCGCUGUGUAUCGCCGUCCUUGCUUCCUGUGCAGUGAUGACCAUUCAGGCGGAUCCGAACGAAUAUCGCCUAGUACGCGACCUGAUGAAGGGCUACGACAAGAGGAUACGCCCGUCCCUCAACCACUCAGAUUCCCUCAACUUGACAUUUGGCUUCGCCCUCGUGCAGAUCAUUGAUGUGGACGAGAAAAAUCAAGUUUUAACAACAAACGGUUGGCUAAACCAGAUCUGGACUGACUACAACCUGAGAUGGGACCCUGCCAAGUAUGGCGGCAUCAAGGUCUUACGACUUCCGGUCGAUGAAGUCUGGAAACCUGACAUUUUGUUACACAACAACGCUGACGCAGCGGCCUUUGUCUCGUCCAUCUCAUCAAAUCUGAUCGUGGCAGCCAACGGCAACGUCACGUGGUUUUCUAUGGUCAUCUUCAAAAGCUCGUGCUCCAUCAACGUGCGCUACUUCCCCUUUGAUGCCCAGAACUGUUCCAUGCAGUUUGCUUCAUGGUCCUACGAUGGCUUUCUGAUCAACCUGUUGAUCAACACUGAGGACGGUGAUAUGAGCAACUACAUCCCCAACAGCGAGUGGCACCUCGAGGUCUUCCAGGGCGAGAGGAACGUCCGUUUUUUCUCCUGCUGUGAUGAGCCCUACCCACACAUCACUUUCUACAUCAUCAUUAGGCGGCGGCCCCUGUUCUACAUCUUCAACAUGAUACUGCCGUGUAUAUUGAUCACCCUGGUGGCACUGCUGGGGUUCUACAUCCCCUCGGACUCUGGCGAGAAGGUGACCAUGGGGAUCACCACCCUCCUGUCCAUGACCGUCUUCAUGAUGCUGGUCACAGAGAACAUGCCGCCUACCUCGGACGUGCUGCCACUUAUAGGUAUCUACUACGGCAUGACGAUAUUUAUAGUAUCAUUCGCCACCGCCAUGACAGUGUUCACCCUCAACAUCCACCACAAGGGGAGCAGGGGCAGGCCGGUGCCGCUGCUGAUCAAACGGAUCUGCUUCGAUCUGCUGGCUAAGGUGUUCUGUAUGAAGGUGGAUACAUGGGAUGAGCCGCAUUUCACCCCCGACUGCAAUGGGGCGCCCGGCGGAUCGUCCAAUUAUAUCCGUUUCAAGGUGGCCAGUCAGCAGGACGCUGACCAGAUCAACCUGGAGCUGAAGCAGGUCCACGACAUGACCCACGUCAGCCGCGUCGACAUCCCCCCGCUAGACGGCGACACCUACCAGGGCAACGGCGCCAUCCCCCGGACAUUUCCGUCGUUCCGGCGCUCCAACGGCACGACGUCCACGUCGGAACAGGUGUCGGAAAUGCCUCAGUUCGAGGCGUAUUUCUCCCGCGUGCUGCAGCGGGUCUACCAGACUCUGGAGCGGAACGAUAUCCGGCUAGCGGAACAGGAUCAGCGGGAGGGCAUCAAGCUGGAGUGGCAGCAGGUCGCGCAGAUUACCGAUCGUCUGCUGCUGAUCUGUUUCGUCUGCUUCACCCUGACCAUCACGGGCGUGGUGCUACUCGCCGCCCCCGCGGGGGUCAAUGUAUGA